AUGACAGAUUUACAAUUCUCGAAGUACACGGGAAGUGAUGAGAGUAUAGCUCCAGUGUACGACACCUGCAAUAUCCGCCUAUAUAAUAAUUCGCUCAACAGUUCGACGCUUCUACAAACGAUGCCUUGUAUUAAUGGCUACGAAUAUGAUGCCCCCUUGGAUACAUCUAUCAUAACUGAGUGGGACCUGGUGUGCUCGAAAUCUGGUAUGGGAGAAAUCACGCAAUCACUUUUUAUUGCUGGACAAGGUAUUGGAGCCCUUGUUUUCCCGUCUUUUGCUGACCACUAUGGACGUAAACCGAUACAUAUACUCAGCAACUUUAUUAUGGUAAUCUCCGCAGGAAUUUCUGCAAUGGCUCCAAGUUACUGGAUUUUUGCCCCAACCAGAUUGCUGUGUGGAAUCUGCCAACAGGCAUGUCUUAUUUCAGGAACGUCGCUCGCUUGUGAAAUUUUUCCUGCUAACAAAAGAACAUUAAUGUCUGGCCUCAUUGCGGUGAACUGGGGAAUUGGCGUCACAUUACUGGGAGUUUUCGGUUUUUUGCUUAAGAAUUAUAGCUGGAGAGUUCUUGCUGCUGUAUGUGCCUCCACAGCAUCCAUAUGCAUUUUUGAGAUGUGGUACAUCAAGGAAUCUUUUCGUUGGCUUUUUGCCCAAGGAAGAUUAGAAGAAGGCAAGAAAAUUAUCGCCUUUGCAGCAAAGCAGAAUAACGUCGAUUUUGACGCCAUUUGGCGUAAAAAUGUGGAAUAUCUUGAAGAAUUAAAAAUCUCGUUCAUCAAUAUUUUUAAUUGGUUGAUGAUCAGUUUCACAUAUUUUGGAAUCUACAUGACUUCUAAUUUCCUUGCUGGUGACCGGUUCCUCAAUUUCUUUCUUACUGCUUCUAUGGAAGUGAUUGCUGGUGUCAUCCUUUUGAAAACUCUUACCAAAUUUAGUCGCAGAAAUUCUAUCGCAGGAUUUCAGAUUCUUGCUGGCAUUUCCUUGAUAUCACUGGCUGUAUUGAAAGGAAUUGGAGAAAAGACACAAACAAUGAAAAUACUGACAAUCACUUUUACUCUUUUUGGAAUGUUGGGAGCUAGUGGUGCAUUCUCUGGGGUCUGGCUGUACACUCCAGAAAUCUAUCCUACAAAUUUGAGGAGUGCUGGAACAGGUUUAGCCUCUGCCAGUUCUCGAGUAUCAAGCAUGUUGGCUCCAUUGACAAGAUUAAUGGCUGGCCAAGUGCCAUGGGCUCCAGGCACAAUAUUUGGAACUGGAUGUUUGAUGGCUUGUGCACUUUUGUUCCUGCUUCCAGAAACAAGGGAUCAGCAACUUCCACAGACAAUGGAAGAUCUGAAGAUUCUUCAGUCUGUGAAGAAUUCAAAGGUUAAUGACAUCGAAAAAACAGCUUCAACAACUUAA